AUGUCUUCCUCUUCUUCUUCUUCUUCCGAAGAUGGCAAUGGCAAUGGUGGUGGCAGCACUAGUGCAAGAAGAGGGGGUAAUUUUGAAGGGCCUUCAACUUCUCGCCAACGUGCUGUUAACGAGGUUUGGCCGGAGCAUUUUGUUGAAGCUCUAGCUGCCCAAGUCGCCAUUGACGCUUCUCACUCUAUUGGACGUCUUGCUGCGGCUCCUGCUCUCGCCAAUGUAUUUCAGGUUUGUUCGACGUGGCGGGCUGUUUCUCGUUGGGAUGCCUUGUGGCACCGUCUUAGUCGUCGUAUAUGGGGUCGGACCCAGCUCCUUCAUGACACAUGGCGUGAUGAGUUCGUAUAUUGGCAUCGGACGGCCCAAAACUUUCUCAGAGGAAGGUCAGCACAUGGUAUCCUAGCAUUUGAUGACGUGGACAAUCAGGAUGGCUACACGUGUCGUUGCAUGACUAUAUCAGACCGGCACUUGGCAUGUGGUUUUGCUGACGGGGCAGUGAGGGUGUUUGACCUUGCGACGUACACCCACAUGGUCACAUUGAGGCCCCACGAGCGCAACCGGCUAGGACAAUUUGCGAGGGCAGUGUCAGGCAUAGUCAUCAACGAUGCCACGCUGGCAUUUGCCACGUUGGAUGGGGAUAUAUACGUGGCAAUAAUAAAUGGGGGUGGGGGUGUAAUUAGAAUGGCACAUGAGGGGGAUGUGGUGAACGAUGGGGCAUUGGUGGACUUUACGGGGUGUGGGAGUGGGAGAUGGUGGGUGGGGCUUUACGCAGGCGCACCCAACCGGGCCUACCACAUAUGGGACAGUGUGACAGAAGAGCUUGUGUAUGUGAAUGGGUCAUUGACUAACCCAGAAUCAUUAAUGGGCUGGCGCUUGUUAAUCAAUGAGGUGACUGAGUUCGUUGGGCGAGUAAGAGCUGUGACGGCAAUUAUAAGUGAAGAGGAAGACGAAGAUCAUCAAUUGGCUGUGGCAGUGGCAGUGGCAGUGGCAUGCACCAGUUCAAGGCUCAUUGUAUUCGACUUGAGGAACCCAGAUGUGAUUUUGGGUGAGGAAGAGAGUAAUAGAGGAUUCAUUGUAACCUCGGUUGAUGUUAGCAAUGAUGCGAGGUACAUUAGGGUGGAUAACCAUGGUCACGCUAGUGUGUGCCGGGUAGGUACACUAGAGGAAGUGUGUAGGUUUAACAUUGGUGGGGGUGGAAGAUCUGGUUCACAAAGGCGUGUGAUGGGGUGUAUGAACUUGGGGUACGCGCUAAUGUGCGCAGGGGGUGUGAUAACGGUGUGGGACGUUGAGCAUGGUAGGCGUCUGUACCAUUUUAGGGAGAGAAUUGGAGAGGUUAAUGCUGUCGUUGCAAAUGAGAGAUAUGUGGCAGCAGCAGCAGCAACAAGUGACAGGAUAAUACACUUGUGGGAUUUUGGGGCAGAUCAGUAGAUCGGCUAUAGCUACUACCUACUACUAGCA